UAUUAUGGACGGACAGUCCAACGGUCACACCGCACUCUCCGAGUAAUUUUCCGUUUUACAUCGCAAAAAAAUAAAAACAAACCAGAAUUAAAUAAUAUUAAAAGCAGACUGCAGCUUGAGAUUCGCGCGCGGCGUACAAUUAUGACCUGAAACCCGAGAACAACAACGCAAAAGAAUAUAUUUCGAGCAGUCUGCAGUGCGUCCUAGUGUGUGAGUGUGCGAGCGAGAUAACAUGCAAUUUGUGUAAAAAAUAAAUGUUGAAGAAGAUGCCGUGCAUUUAGACCACUUUCAAUCCCCGAUCUCUUUUUGAAACGGACUCCAGCUGGGUAACUCGUGCAGCAAACGGAACCUGAACCGCCGGCGACAGAGGCAGCAGGAACACCAACAACAACAACAACAGCAGCAACCGCUGGCGGGCCAUUAUCCUGGUCAGAUGGGCGGCAACAGCACCGGAGCCAAUUCAAGCGCCUUUAGCGCGGGCGGAUACAUUGGACCCACAUCGGCUAGCAGCCAUCACAGCCUGGGAACAUCUUCGGCAGCGGCGGCGGCAGCGGCAGUGGCUGGUGGCAGCGACCUCAUUCCGGCGCCAAUUGGAACCGGAAACGCCAUGGGCGUGUCCUCCUACGCGUACGGUGGCACCAGCUGGGAGGAAUUCUGCGAACGGCAUGCCAGGGUGGCAGCCUCUGAUUUCGCCAAGGCCUGCAUCACAUACAUCAAUGGCAAUCUGCCGCCAGAGGAAGCGCGUAACAUACAGCACCGAAGUUUUGCCCAGAAGUUUGUGGAAUCCUUCUCGGCGCACUAUGACACAGAGUUCUUUAGGCGGCGAAGUACCCUGAAGACGGGCGCCGGGUCACUGGACUUUGAUGAGGAGCAUGAGGUGCCGCGACUGCUCUCCAAGUCUCUGUUGAGGCGACUCUCCUUUAAGGGACUGCGCAAGGGCAAGUUCUCUCUGAUGCAGGCCUUCUUCCACAAGAACUCCGACGACGUGGACGGCGGCGGUGGAGGCAGCAAGCAGAGCAAAACCAAGCUGGCCAAGAUCGUGGUCGAAUGCCGCAAGGAGGGCAUCGUAAACAACUUGACGCCAGAGAGUCUCGACCAGCCGACGGGCUCUCAGAAGUGGGAGAAAUGUCGAUUGGCUCUGGUGAAAGCAGUCGGCGGAUAUAUGCUUGAGUUCUACACGCCACCCAAGUCCACGAAGCCCCGGAGUGGAGUCUUUUGUUUCCUCAUCUCGGAGGCGCGUGAAACUACGGAAAUGGAGAUGCCCGACAGGCUGAAUACCUUUGUCCUCAAGGCGGACAACAACAUGGAAUACGUGAUCGAGGCGGAGAAUGCCGAGGAGAUGCGCAGCUGGUUGGCCACCAUCCGCUAUUGCAUGCGAACGCCGCCCACGCAACAGCCACUGAUCGAAUCGGAUGGCGUUAUGGCGGCGGCCAUGCAAACGUCGCCCACAAACCCGAAUCCGAGUCCCAAUCCCAUUGGGGCCAUACAGAAUCCGCAGUACCACCAGCAGGGCGGCUCCAACGGGAAUCUUGUGGGUGCUCCUCUGGCCUCGUCCCUGUCGGCGGACAGUGCCCUGGGCCAGGGAGGUGCAACGUCCGCCAGCGACUUGAAUGCCAUCAACGAACUCGGCACCACUCCGCCCUCAGGUCCGCCGGAUAUACCCGUCAGACCGCACAGAGGGGAGCAGCGCUUGUCGGCCUCAAGCAACUUUGAUGGCAUUGAGCUCGCUGAGAAUGAAGCGGACGUGAAUGUGGCGGACCUGACCGCCGAGAUGAGCUUGUUCCCCUGGUUCCAUGGCACACUGACGCGCUCCGAAGCGGCACGCAUGGUUCUACAGUCCGAGGCAGCUGGACAUGGUUACUUUUUGGUCCGCCAAAGCGAAACGCGACGCGGAGAGUUCGUUCUGACCUUCAACUUCCAGGGGCGAGCCAAACACCUGCGGCUCACCAUCUCGGAGAAGGGUCAGUGCCGGGUGCAACACCUUUGGUUCCCCUCGAUCCAGGAGAUGCUCGAACAUUUCCGCCACAACCCGAUACCCUUGGAAUCGGGCGGCACCUCGGAUGUCACGCUUACCGACUGGGUGCACAACAACAGCAGACUGAACGAUCCCACAUCGGCCUCUUCCGGAGGAUCGACUCACGAAUCCGGACAGCUCAACGAUCUGGGUGGAGGAUCCAAUGGAAAUGGCAACAUGAAUGGACAGGGAUCGCGAUCGAAUGAAGCGGGAUCGGGAGCGGGAGCUGCUGGCGGUGGCCAUCCGUCGCCGAGACAUUGCAACGAAGUGAUUACCAUGAAUCUUAGUGUUCGCCUAAAGACAAAUGAAAUUGAACUGCCACAGGAGCCAACACACGUCUUUUUUCCGGAGCAAGUCUAUUUCCAUUUGGAUCCCACAACGCUAACCGUGCACGGAUCGCCGCCGGCCGCCGGCCAGAGCUUUCUGGACCAGCCGCAUCUGCGGGCCUCGAAUGCCUCUCUGCAGGCGGCCGCCCAUCAUCACCAGCAGCAGCAGCAUCCGGCGGGACAAUCGCGUCAUCCCAGCGACAGUGGCAACAACAGCGGCGGUGCUGUCGGCGGUGGAUCGGGUUCAGGGGGAGGCGCCGAAUGCACUGGACGGGCCGUUGAUAAUCAGUACAGCUUCACCUAAGUUCGGAUUGUUGUUGUUGUUGUUGUUGUGGUUCUCCCAUGCGGAAUCAAUUUUUGUGCCAUUUUUAUUGUCCCGAAGGAGAGAAAAUUUGUGUUUUUUCUUUAUUUUUCUUUCGUUCAAUUGUCUGCUUUAAUAGCUUUCUUUCCUACUCGUUUCUAUCUAAGUUAGUACCUCUUUUUGGAAGACAUGAAGUAACUGAAUAAUAUGUAUACAUUAUAUAGCUAAAUGUGUGUGUUCAUUUUAAGUACAUCAAUGUUGUAUGUAUAGUAACGGAAAACAGAAAACGUAAAACAAAAAAAAAAAAAAACAAAAUGCAAAUCGACAAAA